AUGAAUGUUGACGACUCGUCAGAGAUCGAGAUUCAGGCCAAUUUAGAAGAUGAGGCCAGCGGUGAACCGAAGGAGAUGGUCACAGAAAAGGUAAUUUUUAUGUUUUAUUUGAGUGGAUUUUAGGUAUAAAAAAUUUAAGGCAUUAUGGAAAAACGAUAGGCGCAUAUUUUAAUGCUAAAUUUUGCAUUUGUCGCACCAAUUAAAAAUUUUAUGCUGUGGUAUGUUAUAAUAUUGUUUUACGACUCGAGAACAAAAGGGAUCAUUGCAGCUCAGAAGGCGAACAAAGCUUAACGUGAACGGAUGGAGAAGCUGUGGCAAAGCCGCCGGAAGAGUUUGGAACAGGACAAAGUUGUUCCUGAGGCUGUUCAAGGUCAAGACGAGCUGGAUAUUGAGGUUGCAGGACCUUUGUCAGUGGAACAAAAAGUAAUUUUUAUGUUUUAUUUGAGUAGAUUUUAGGUAUAAGAAAUUGAAUUUUAAUGUUAAAAAGCAGUUCUUAUUAGUGAGUUAUCAAUAUAUUGUUUUAGGAUGCCUCUACGUCCGAGCUUCGUAAAAUGCCCCAGUCAAUAGCCAAUCGAUUUGUUUUGCUCAAAGAGAAAGACAAGCAGAUCAAGGCGCUCGAGGAUGAAAUUAAAGUUUUGAAGCGAAAAUUGGCGGAGUUUGCACUGCGAUCGCCAUCCAAACGAAAGGCGGCUGACGAACUAGAAGCCAAACAACGGGCCAAAAGAUUAAAGACCUGUGAACGACAUCUAGGACCAAGUUAUAGGAUUCAACGGGUCGAAGAUGUUAACCAUGAAGACGACUUUGCCAGCUUAUACUGUAGGCAUAGUACUAACCUGACCGUGUUCCAAUACAACGAAGUCCGGCGAUUACAGCUUCAGAAGCUGCAAUUAGUACCGUACAGAAGAGUAGAAGACCUGGAACAACGUUUGAUUGCUAAUGCUGGAGGAAUUUCACAAGUCACUUGGUCUAUGAUUCAAAAGGAUUUUGUUGAACAUGAGCUAAAGGGAAUAUUGUAGUUUUUAUCAUAACUUUGUUUAACUAAUAGGUAGAAGGUUGAAAAUUGGUGUGAGUCAAGAUUAUUACAUUGAGCAAAAUCUAUAUUGUUAUUUCGAGAAAAAAUGGCAUUUUAAGUUAAAGGUGCCAUUUUUAAGCCUAAAAUGACAUUUUACGAUUUUGAUUUUAGAGGGGACUAUUUUUUGUGUUUAACUGGUACUAACGACCAAUUUUUAUAAAUUUUUCUUGAUUUCAAAAUUAAAUUUUAAUUUUUUACUAUGGUGGUUUCUUGAUAUUUUUCAUUUUUAGAGAACUGGCUGUCAUGCAGCCGGCUGAGUUACUGGCAGCACUGAACAGUAAGUUAUUUUAGUUUUUGUUUUUGAAUUUUUUUGUGGUUAAGGGGAGGGGAUUUCCUUUUUUUCUAAAUUUUUUUUCAGAUUUUUAUCAAUUGUUUAACGAAGUUAGCAACAUGUUCAAUAUGAACAUAUUUCAAUUUAUAGGUCGGUUAUGUACGGGUACUUUUGGGAAUUCGAUAGUGUUGUAAAGAAAGUUCAUACCAUUUUUUAAAAAUUUUUCAUUAGUUUGACCGUUUUUAGAGCGCGACGCUAUUGCUGACUCGAGGAAUACCGCGACAGACCUGGUCGUCCAACGGGACCAGGUCAACAGUUCGAAUACCGGACCAGGUUAUCUGGUAGUUCAGACGAAACCCGGAGUCCAAAACAAUGCGGUAAGUUAAUUUGGCUUUAUUUUUAGGUGGAAACUUAGAUUUUUAUAUGUUAAUAUAGAGCUUGUGGUCGUUUUUAUAAGAUUUUGGACGUUAUAAUGAAACUUUUUAAUUUUUGAUAGUAAAAUGGAUUAAAAUGGCAAAGUUUUCAAAAAAGUUGUUUCAGAUUGGUGAACCGGUACAAGGCAGCAACCCCAAGCUGGUCGAAAACCUCCGACGCCUGUUCGACGCUACCCGCGGCCCCUCUAACCCCGACCAAAACUCGCCAAACCCCGACCAAGGAUCCGGCCACCAAUAA